AUGGUGGGUCGCAAUGAAGAAAAUCCUGUGUCUAAGGAAUUUGAAAAGAAAAAAGUCAGGUCCAUUCACGAGAAAAAAAAAAAAAAAAAAUCUCCGUUGGUUGCAGGCUGGUUCUCCGUUGUGUCGAGCAACAGUGGUACCGGAAGUGCCAGGGUGUACCGAAGAGUGGGGGCGUUAGUCCGAGCCGGCGUCCCGGCGUUUCUACUCGCUAAACCACUGAGAGCUUACACGCUGACACACUCGAAAAUGGAGAACGGUAACCUGAGGGCUCACUACACAAAAACGACGGUACGAGCCGGGGAGGUUCUGCGACUGGCCGCGGUUUUCCAAGACACGCGGAGGACGCCGGUUUCCAGCGGUAUUUCCGGUGUCGUUAGCGGCGCGCCGGAGGGUAAGAGUUCAAGGUCGUCGGAACGAGACCAGUACGCUCAAUGCCUGGAUUCUCACGGGCACGAGUUGUUCGCCCCGCUUUCAGCCAGGGGCGAGUUCUACGCGACGUGUCAGAGCGGAAGUCUCGACACCGGAAGCGACGCGGUGCUCUACAGGGUCCACCAACUUGCCAGAAGGGAUCUUCCUCUUAGGGUACGACUGGUUGCCGGACCGUUGCCAAUACCACUGCCGCGAGAUUACAGUGGCCUGAUGCAGCUGGAAGGUGCAACCAGGGGCCCCAUAGUGUUGGGAUGCGCGGUACCUCUGAUGCCCGAAAGGCCUUUACCGAGUUCUACGGUGCCGGAACUGCUGGAACUCGUUGCCACGGGACCAACGGCGCCACGAGUGAAAAGGGCGCGAUUAGGCUGCCCUUCCGAGGCACGGUUGCUCGCGUCGCCCAAAAUGCAACGGCUACUUUCGGCUUGCAGAAGAGCGCUAGACCAGAGAGCAACGGAACCACGCGUAGCGCCACCGAAGCCGGCGGCCAGCGGCGGCGGCCAGCUGAAAGAGCUGCACCUAAAGGAGAUCAAGUCCAAGCCAGAAGCGAAACCGAUCCUCCAGAGUCUGAGGGAGGGGCUGGAGCACAUCAAACGAACGACAAUCAGGGAUCGUAGCAACGGCCGUUCGAGUUCCGGCAACAAUCACAGCUUCCUCGAUCGGAUCUCGAGGAUAGCUCAGGGUGGCAGAAGCAGAAACCCAGCGAAGAAAUCCGCCUCGUUCACGUUCGCCGUCCGGCCGGAAAUCGGCAUGAGGUCCGAGAGAUACGCCAGCCUCGAGUCCGAGACGAAUCUGCUGCAAGCGUCCGCGCCGUCUUCGAGAGAGAAGGUUCAACGAUCGGUUUCCACGAGCGUGCUCGAGGUGCAGACUCAACAGCAGGACCUGGAUCCACCGUACUCCAAGGUCAGGGACAGUUUAACCCCGUUACCGUCGACUCCGCCGCCGUCCAAGACGGAGGAGAUCUACGCGGAGAUCUGCGACGAACCGCAGGAGAAACCGCCACCUCCGCCGCCAGCAGCAGGGAAGAACGGGACCAGAGAGAAGGACAGAGGUUACGUGAAGCUAGCGUUGUCGCAGUCGGAGGUUUCUGACUUGAACACCGGCGACGAUGAAGAAGGGAUCUAUAACACUGUCUGCUGAUGGUGAAUUUUGUGUUUUUUGUUUUCUUUGUUUCUUUUUUUUUUGAGUUGAAUUUGCCAACCGUGGGUAGUAGUAUCGAGAGGAAGAAAGUGCAGUUGCUGUGGAAUCGUGUUGAAUUACGUUGUGGAAGUUGGUGUUUUUUUUUGAAAAGUUUGUUAAAAUGGAGGUUUGUUAAGUCGUUGAAUUUUAAAAAUAUUGGAAACUCGUCGAGGAAGAAGCAAGAAACACCGACGAGCACGUGUUCGUCCCGCCAUUAGCCACGUGACAAUUGUUAAAUAAUUGCAAACGUGCCCGGAUUGUAGAUAUUUUGCGUCUCUUUAAGAAAUUCAACAACACGAAAGUCUACAAAAUGUCUAUUAUACGUGACAGAGUAUUUCUCACGAUACACCUGAAUACUUAUAUUCUAUUCCUUCGAUUAAAACUCGCAAGAAACGUACAAACGUCUACGAAAUUCAUAUUAACACUAAUCUCGUGACACGAGAUCUUCCAUCGUCCACGUAUAUAAAUACUUCAAACAGCCAGCUUCGAAAAAUCAGCGACGUUCCAUCUACGAUCCAAUAACUCGCCAAUUUUACAAUUGCGACACGAUUACUAAAGUAAUUAAACCUAGAAAAGAAAUCUCCAUCUUCCUGUCGCGAUAUAUAUAUAUAUAUACGUUCGAAUUGUAUCGAGCAAACGAUUUCGUACAUCACCACCCGUAGACACGCGACAAAUUGCGGCGCCGUUCUCCAGUCGACAGACUCGUUAACACGACGGACAUUAAGCACGAGUGCACACCGAAGCGAAGCAGUGGUUGGUAGUUCAUUGACGGGGAUAACGUGCGACUUCCUGGAUCGAAGCGGAGAACCGUUCGGGUAGAAACGCGGCUGCAGUGCACCGGCGGAAUUUACAGCGCCAUUUGCCCAAGAAAUUAUCCUCCAGGCGCGUCUUUUUCUCCCUUUUUUCCGUGGCGAGACAUAGAGAGAGAGAGAGAGAGAGAGAGAGAAAAGUGGCGGCGGCGUCCUCCACGAAGAGAGAACCGGGCCGGAAGAUUUACAAGGCUGUUGACCGGAGAGAAAUGAUGGCGUAAUUGCGGUCCACGCGUGCGCGUGCCGGAUGUAGCGGGGCCUGGAACGCCACUUCCGGUACACCGAGAGGAAUCUUCGCUAUGACCGAUCGAUACUAUUAGAAUACCCGUACUCUAAGAGAUCGCGCGCGCAGCGAUGGUACUGACGAUACCGAAUUUUUAUGCGCUCGCGUAUGCAUGUACAUUCGAAACUGGCACCAACAAGUAAACAAAAAUAGGUGAAACAUACCGAAGUGCUAGAUAAAAGUAAGUUCUUGUUGAUUGAAGAAGUCUGGUGGACUAAAAAUCGCAAUGAUACUAUAAAACAGAUAAUGAAUUACAGUAUUUGUUGUAUGACAUGUAUGUACGCUGGAUAAAAUAAAUUCUUAUUGAUUGAGAAGUGCAUAAAAAUACCAAAACGACAUGAUUUUACAAUAUUUAUUUUGGCAUCGAUGUAUAUAUUACAAAUGUACACGGGUAUCAAAUGUAAUUGAUACUCUUUUGAUAAUUACAAUACAGGGUGAUUCAAAUAAAUGUAACAAGUUGUAUCUUUCUUUUCAUUAAAGUCAGAGAAAGCGGUUGGUUCUACGUGAAAGGGUGUUUGGACAACGUGACAAUUAUUUUAAAAUUAUUUUAAAACUAUUAUAAAACUAUUAUUUUGCGAAAGACAAGGAAAUACGCUGUUCUUUCUUCGGCUCGUGGAUAUUAAACAAUCGAUAUAUUAAAGUAUCGAUCAUUCUCGAUGUAUAAAAUUGUAAAAUCACAUCGAUAGUCAGUUGCCAUCGUCGGUCACAGAUGAAAUUCGACGAUUUUGAAAAGGAGAGAAUAUCCUCUCUGGAGAGGAUACAGCGAAACGUUGCGGAAGAAAUAGUUCCUCCUUGCUUGGAUUACACGUGAAAAGGACCUUUAUCAACGGUGUUUAUACUUCAGAACGGAACCGUUUCGACGGAAUCGAUCAUUUUGUACAGUUUGUUGGUAACGUUUCUGCGCACGAUGGUUGCAACGACGACCAGCGUUUUGUACAUUUGUUAAUAUACUUCGUGUACUGGUUGUGAACGCUCGCGAGAAACGACUUGUAAUUUCUUUACUGUAUAGACAUUAUUUUAAAAAUACACUGAUCUGCAGUCAA